CCCAAAUCGAAGUGAUCCCGUGCAAGAUCUGCGGAGACAAGUCCUCGGGGAUCCACUACGGCGUUAUCACCUGCGAAGGCUGCAAGGUGAGCCCGGGGACGCCCGGGGACGGGCACCGGUGGGCGGGGAGGUUGGCCGGAAUGUCAAAGAAGCAGCGGGCCAGCCUCUACGCCGAGGUGCAGAAGCACCAGCAGAGCCAGGAGCAGAGCGGCGGCACCAAGGAGGAACCCGAGCCCCUGAGCCGCGUCUACACCACCAGCGUCAGCAGCGGGCUCUCGGACCUGGACGACAUCUCCACGCUGUCGGACGGGCUCCUCUUCGACUUUCCCCUCACCCCCGACGGCAGCAGCACCUACUACAACCUCGACCUGCUCGCCUCGGCGCAGCCCUCGCCUGACCAGUCCAGCCUGGACGUGGCUGACGCCACGCUCAUCAAGCAGGAGUCCGUCUACGAGCUGAUGCUCCCCCGGGCGUGGAGCCCCUACCCCCCCGGGGAGGUCCGCGCUUUGCAGAGCAAGAGCUGCGAGGCCAUGUGGCAGCAGUGCUCGCUGCAGAUCUCCAACGCCAUCCAGUACGUGGUGGAGUUUGCCAAGCGCAUCGACGGCUUCAUGGAGCUCUGCCAGAACGACCAGAUCAUCCUCCUGAAAGCCGGCUGCCUCGAGGUGCUCCUGAUCCGCAUGGUCCGCGCCUUCAACCCCCUGAACAGCACCGUCCUCUUCGAGGGGAAGUUCGGCGGCGCGCAGAUGUUCAAGGCGCUCGGUAAGCGCCGCUUCGCCGCCCUGUACUGGUGCCUGGGGUUGUUCCUCCCCAGGUGCAGGACCCUGCCCUUGCCCUUGUUGAACCUCAUCAGGUUCCUCUCUGCCCAACUCUCCAGCCUGUCCAGGUCCCCAAACCCCCCCGCUUGUCCCCAAGGGAGGGGCAUUGGUGACGUGAGUGAUGCUGGCUGGGAAUCUCGUGCUCACCAGCUCUGGCUCCUGCUUUCCCCGCAGAUGGUUUCCAAGCUGCCCUUGAUGAAGACCAUUUGCAACCUGCACUUGGACAAGCUGGAAUUUUUCCGUCUCCUGCACCCAGAGACCGCCAUGAACUUCCCACCCCUCUAUAAGGAGGUCUUCAACUCGGAGCUGCAGUACAGCGACCCACGGGAGAGCUAA